AUGGGAGAUUCCUGACUUGACGCAUGCAAUACGCUAUUUUUGGUGACAUUUUGUCCAGUUUAUAACGACGAUUUAUCAAGGUUCGCAAUAGACGUGGUUUGACGUUGGAGUAUAUGUGGUUGGAAGCAUCUGGUUAAGGGAUUUUACGUGACAACAACUAAAUUCAGCUGAAUUAUUAUCAAGCAUAGAAAUUAUGGAUGACUAUAGCUACCUGUUUAAAAUAAUUCUUGUUGGAGACGCAAAUGUAGGCAAAACAUGCCUCGUUCGACAGUUCACCAAGGGAUAUUUUCCUCCAAACCAGGGGCCUACUAUUGGAGUCGAUUUUACUAUAAAAACGGUGGACGUUGAUGGUGAAAAAGUGAAGUUGCAGAUUUGGGAUACUGCGGGCCAGGAGAGGUUUCGCUCUAUUACACAGAGCUACUACCACAAUGCAGAUGGAGUUAUUGUCACUUAUGAUAUUACAAACAAGAAAUCAUUUGAAAGCCUGCCCCAGUGGCUAGAUGACACUAACAGAUAUACCAGCAAAGAUGUGCUUAUUGCAAUUGUUGGAAACAAAAGUGACCUUUCUACCAAUAGGAAAGUUGACUUUCAUCAUGCCGAAGCUCUUGCUGAAAAAGAAAACACUGUUGCAUUGGAGACGUCAGCUAAAGAGGCUGACAAUGUAGAACUGUUGUUCAUGAGUUUGGCUGAGCACCUGAAGAGAAAUCUCAAGAGUGAGUCUGAAAGUGGUAGUGAGAAAGACACGCAAGAGAGAGAUGCAGGUCUAAUACGUGGAAUGAGUUUGAGUGGUCAUACUAUCUAUCCCAGAGGCCCAUUAUCGUGUUGUAGAGUUUAACAAUUAGCAUAAUAUAUACAUACAGUAAUUUUUAUGAUGGGUUUUGAUACUGGUACAAUGUAAAUAAUUCCAUGUGUUGGUUAUGUGAACUCUUAAAUAGCAGUGGUUAAUAAUAUAUCUUAAAAACAUAGCAACCACAGAACAUAUUUGUAUGCACACAAAAUUAUUAUAUAUUUUGUAGUUUAAUAUUAUAAUAAAAAUGAAUUUAAAUGAA